UAAUAAAUUCUACCUCCUGCACGCUUUAAAAACAGUAUGAAGCAGCUUUCACGGAGCUUCUGAUAACUAAUUUCAAGCAUGGCUGUCUAGCGUGCCUGUCACUCCUAUUGUCCUCCCAAACUCUUUCAGACAUUUUGAGCAGAGAGUAUUAAAGCUAUGAGUUAGCAAGGGUUGUGACAUUAAUGGUCCAGAAAGGCUUUAGGCACGCGAGGCAAUGAUGAUUACCGGUGGCUCUUUGGAGGACUGCACUGGAUCUCUGUCAUUAAAAAUUAAGCGUGGCUUUUGAGGAAGAUGUGACAACUACCGGAGAUAAAGAAACUGCGGCACAGAGAGGUCUGGCAACUUGUCCAAAGUUACACAGUUAAGCCAAUCUGCAUCACUUAAGUUCAAACUAUUAUAUUAGCCAUCCUUUUCACUAGACUAGAGACCUUCUUUUUAAUUGUCCAUAUCAUGGCCACCAUGCAUCAAAGGUCUUUCCGCCAUUCCUCCAGGACUUCCACCAUAAGGAAAGGAGCCCCUGGACCAACAUCCUCUAAGAUGUUUAUAUGGACCAGUGGCCGGACCUCUUCAUCUUACAGACAUGAUGAGAAAAGAAAUAUUUACCAAAAAAUCAGGGACCAUGACCUCCUGGACAAAAGGAAAACUGUCACAGCACUGAAGGCAGGAGAGGACCGGGCCAUUCUCCUGGGACUGGCCAUGAUGGUCUGCUCCAUCAUGAUGUACUUUCUGCUGGGAAUCACACUCCUGCGCUCAUACAUGCAGAGCGUGUGGACCAAGGAGUCUCAAUGCACCUUGGUGAAUGCGUCCAUCACAGAAACAUUUAAUUGCUCCUUCAGCUGUGGUCCGGACUGCUGGAAGCUCUCUCAGUACCCCUGCCUCCAGGUGUACGUUAACCUGACUUCUUCCGGUGAAAAGCUCCUUCUCUACCACACCGAAGAGACCAUGAAAAUCAAUCAGAAGUGCUCCUAUAUACCCAAGUGUGGAAAAAAUUUUGAAGAAUCCAUGUCCCUGGUGAAUGUCGUCAUGGAAAACUUCAGGAAGUAUCAACACUUCUCCUGCUAUUCUGACCCAGAAGGAAACCAGAAGAGUGUCAUCCUAACCAAACUCUACAGUUCCAACGUGCUGUUCCAUUCACUGUUCUGGCCAACGUGCAUAAUUAAAUUUCCUCCCCUGCCCGGCCAAAAUACUGAAAUGAACACUGUUCAAGCAAGUAAGGGAAUUUUUGUCCUGGUGGAGAAGAAGAGGUGAUUACAGGUUGGAUAUUGUUCCUUCUCUUCCCAACUUCUACUUCUUUCCCUUUCCCUUUGUAAAACAUUCAGUAAGAAUGAUCUCAGUUCUGCAGGAACCAUUCCAAUGUAUGUACGUACCACUUGGGAAGUUUGACUCAAGGAAAAAAGCUUCAGGACUCUUCUGAAAAACCUGUCAGUGUAUCGCUUCUCGGCCUCUUGGCUAAGAUCAAGUGAAAACCUGUCAGGGUGACGUGCACAACAGAACUGAGCACACAACUUUUAAGCUGCAUCUGUUCCACCCUUCCCUAUUUGCAGCAACUGUAAGGAAUAAUACAAAGUAUAUGACACUACCUUCUCUCCUAAGAAUGAGUUUGUAAUCCACUAGACGGGUCAAGACAACACACAUGAAGAAAAAAAUAGAGAACAAUUAGGUCUUUAAUCCACACCAGUGAGCAUAAUAUCUACAGAGGGUCGACACAAGGUUUACCUGGGAUGUAUAUGUAAAAUGUCUAGCACUGUAUAUAGCGUAUAAUACACACUUACAACUGGUAAUUAUUACUAUUAAUAGCAAAAUGUAGAAGUAGUAUUAAUAGUAUUAGUAUAACUACUAGUAGUAUUUAGUCUAUUAGAGCUAGAAUAGAAUAGCUCUAAAAUGUCGUUUUUGCCCAGAAUCUACACCAAUGCAUAAAUCCUUUCUACAACAUCCUUAGCAGGGAUCAUCUAGUGAUAGGGACAGUUAUUACUUGAAUCCUGCCAGGGAUGAGAUAGGUUACCAGUUAAUAAGACAAUGCCAGAAAGUUUUCCUGAUAUCAGGCUGAAAUCUGCCUCCCUAUAAUAUCUACUCACUAAAUUCACACAAAAUCAGAUCAGUACUCCUGUGUCACUAACUUAUUCUAUUAGUGCUAUUUUAUUUAAAAAUGGAGGAGGGAAUGGGGAAAGAGCAACUUCAUUUUUUAGAAUAUAAAAUCAUGGAAAAUCACACAUUCAGCCAGGGUUAUGACAUAAAUGAAAAUUUAUAAAUGACAACAACUUUAAAAGGUUAAUAAUAACCUAUUAGAACCUAAACAUUCAUGAAUGAAUUAAACUGAUGAACUAGCUUAACCCUCUGAUGCCCAUGUGAAUUUUAAUCCUGUACCACCUCUCAAGUAUGAAUGGUAACACUGUCUGAAGUUCUACAUUAUGUUCUUAUUCAACUCUGUGACACCAGACUAACUUGUCUAAGUAACCAGAUUACUUAGGAGCAUAGAUAUGUUCCUAACAGAAAGUUGCAACAAUUAUGCCACAAGUUUGUCUUGGCUUAAGGUACCAUUCUCCAGUGCAAGGCCAAGGAACUGGAAGGAAAUGUCAAUCUGUGAACUCCAGUAGUGACUCUUUGAAUUAAGUGCUUCAUUUAGGUAGGAAGAGAAGUUGUUUUCUCAAUAUAAUCCCUUAACUAGAGCUUCCAGAACUGUUCUUUAGUCUGGUUCUUCCAAAACAAAUAUAAUUCCCAAGCCUUUGCAAGCUAUAAUAUGACUUGUUACCAACAUAGUGUAAGAUCAGGACAUGGAGAAGGCUCAAGAUCCUCUACACAGUCUUACCCCCUAUUAGCACUAUUAGCAGUACCAGAAAUUGCUUUGGGUAGAAAUCACAACCUCUCUUCAUUAAAAAUCUCUCUCUCUGUGUCUCUCUCUAUGUUUCUGUCUCUGUGUGUGUGUGUCUCUCAAUCUGUCACACUCUCUCUCUGUGUGUCUCUGUCUCUGUCACUCUCUCUCAGCUGUUUUUUCUGUUGGUUGUAUUCUUAAUCUUCAUACACCAGCAAAGAUGGCCCCAUGUUCACAAAAAUCCCUCGUGUCUAUAAUUACAGAAGGAGAAUAACCCAGCAUUUCUCUCAGUCCUCAAAAAUGCCAACUCUCUCUGUAUCACCUGUCAUGACAGAGGCAGGGCAUGUAAUUUGCCGCCCCACUGAGUGGGAGCCAAGUAAUUCUCCAAAGGAAAAUGGGCAUGCGUUAAAGAAGAGAAGAAGGGGUGCUGGGCAAGCAAAAACAACAGAUGUCCACUACCUACAACUUGGAUAGACUCUUACCAAGUGCUUCUACCAACAGAGAUUUUGGCUGAAGGAGAAAAAGUACUGCAGAUAAAAGAAGAAAAACUCAUGGGACUAAGAGGGAAAAGGAGAGAA